AACAAUGAUGUAAGGAAUGACGCAGUUCAUUGCCUCAUCAAGUUGAACCUGGUGCUUCAAGUCUGUAUAUUUAUAGCACUAAAAGAUGAAGAUAAAUCUAUGAUCAAGCAAUGGCUGAUGAGAUAGAGUCUUUGAGAAUUGAGCUUACAGAUUUAAGAAGCAAAAGGUCAUCAUUUGCUAGUCAUUUGUCCAGCAGCAGUUUUCGCAGCAUUUCGUCUGAUCACCUUGGUGAAAGAGAUGAAGAAAUUCAGUUGCAAUGGGCUGCUGUUGAGAGGUUACCUACCUUUAGACGGAUUACUACUGCUUUAUUUGAAAGUACUUAUGAAAAUGAAAAUAAAGGCAGAAGAAUUAUUGAUGUUGCACAACUCGGAGCAGAAGAGCGUCACAUGUUCAUAGAAAAGCUCAUCAAACACAUUGAACAUGAUAAUUUGAGAUUGCUGCGGAAACUUAGAAAGAGAAUUGACAAAGUUGGUGUACAGUUACCCAGUGUGGAAGUGAGAUAUAGAAAUCUUGGUGUUGAAGCAGAGUGUAAGGUUGUUCAUGGCAAGCCUCUCCCCACCCUUUGGAACACUUCUAAGGCUAUACUUUCUGAGUUUGUGAAUCUGGCAUGGUCAAAGCAAGAGGCCAAGAUAAGCAUCCUCAAAGAUGUCAGUGGCGUUAUCAAGCCAAGAAGGAUGACUUUAUUGCUUGGCCCUCCAGGCUGCGGCAAAACCACAUUGUUGCUGGCGCUUUCUGGGAAAUUGAGCCAUUCUCUUAAGGUUACGGGAGAAAUAUCGUACAAUGGCUACCAAUUGGAAGAGUUUGUUCCCCAGAAAACCUCAGCUUACAUAAGCCAAUAUGAUCUUCACAUUCCAGAGAUGACUGUUAGGGAAAUUAUUGAUUUUUCUGCUCAAUUUCAGGGCACAGGAAGCCGAGCUGAGAUGAUGACAGAAGUUAUUAGGAGGGAGAAGGAGUCAGGGAUUGUUCCAGAUCCUGAUGUGGAUGCUUAUAUGAAGGCAGUAUCAGUUGAAGGACUGAAAAGUAACCUUCAGACAGACUACAUUUUGAAGAUUCUGGGACUUGAUAUUUGUGCUGACACAAUGGUUGGAGAUGCCAUGAGAAGAGGCAUCUCUGGUGGUCAGAAGAAAAGGUUGACUACAGGGGAGAUGAUUGUGGGACCUACGAAAGCACUCUUCAUGGAUGAAAUAUCAAAUGGCUUGGACAGUUGCACCACUUUCCAGAUCGUGUCUUGCCUGCAGCAUUUGGUGCAUAUUACUGAUGCUACUGCACUGAUUUCACUUCUUCAGCCGGAUCCAGAGACCUUCGAACUCUUUGACGAUGUCAUUCUGAUGGCAGAAGGGAAGAUUGUUUACCAUGGCCCGCGUUCUAGCAUUUGCAACUUCUUUGAGGAAUGUGGGUUCAAGUGCCCUCAAAGAAAAGCUGUUGCUGACUUCCUUCAAGAGGUUAUCUCCAGAAAAGAUCAACAACAAUAUUGGUGCUGCACAGAACAACCGUAUAGUUAUGUUUCUGUUGACCAAUUUGUUAAGAAAUUUCAAGAAAGUCAGCUUGGACAGAAGCUAAAUGAGGAGCUCUCAAAGCCAUUUGAUAAGUCUAAAAGCCACAAGAGUGCUUUGUCCUUUCGCAAAUACUCGUUACCGAAAUGGCAACUGUUUAAGGCUUGCAUAAGGAGGGAAUUUCUUCUAAUGAAGAGGAAUUCUUUUAUUUAUGUGUUCAAAACCACACAGCUAGUGAUCAUUGCUGCAAUAACAAUGACAGUUUUGCUACGCACUAGAUUGGCUGUUGAUGUGCUUCAUGCAAAUGAUUACUUGGGAGCUAUAUUCUACGCACUCCUCCUAUUACUCGUUGAUGGAGUUCCGGAGUUGCAGAUGACUGUUUCAAGACUUGCAGUUUUCUAUAAACAGAAAGAGCUCUUCUUUUACCCUGCUUGGGCUUAUGUCAUUCCUACAACUAUCCUUAAAAUUCCACUUUCAUUCUUGGAAGCUUUUGUUUGGACGUCUCUCACUUACUAUGUGAUUGGUUUCAGUCCUGAGGCUGGAAGGUUUUUCCGGCAGUUUCUUCUACUUUUUGUGAUACACCUAACAUCAAUAUCCAUGUUUCGCCUCAUUGCCUCAAUCUUCCAAACUGUGGUUGCUGCAACAACCGUUGGCAGUCUCUUUAUAGUGUUUAAUUUACUGUUUGGUGGUUUCAUAAUUCCAAAGCCUUCUAUGCCUGCCUGGUUGGCAUGGGGAUUUUGGAUAUCCCCAUUCACAUAUGGGGAGAUAGGGUUGUGUGUGAAUGAGUUUCUUGCUCCUCGCUGGGGAAAGAUUGUGUCUGCCAACACAACUAUAGGGCAACAAACUCUAGAAAGCCGCGGAUUAAACUAUGAUGGUUACUUUUAUUGGAUAUGUCUUGGUGCAUUGAUAGGGUUCACAGUGCUUUUCAACAUUGGUUUUACUUUGGCAUUAACCUUGUUGAAAUCUCCUGGAAGAUCUCGUGCUAUUAUUUCUUAUGACAAGUACUGUCAAUUGCAAGGAAAAGUAGAUGAUAAGGAGCGUGUUAACAUUCAUCCUGUACCUAAUAGAGGACCUAAAAAUGGAAGGAUGAUUUUACCUUUUGAGCCUCUUACUCUAACAUUUCAGGAUCUGCAGUACUAUGUUGACACUCCUUUGGAAAUGAGAAAACGAGGCUUUGCACCUAAGAAGCUUCAGCUGCUUUCUGACAUUACUGGUGCAUUCAGACCUGGUGUUCUUACAGCAUUGAUGGGUGUUAGCGGAGCUGGAAAGACAACUCUUAUGGACGUUCUUUGUGGAAGAAAAACUGGCGGUACUAUUGAAGGAGAGAUUAGAAUUGGUGGAUAUCUGAAGGAUCAAGAUUCAUUUGCUAGAAUAUCAGGUUACUGUGAACAAACUGACGUACAUUCCCCACAAAUUACUGUACAAGAAUCAGUGGCAUUUUCUGCCUGGUUGCGACUCCCAUCUCAGAUUGAUCCAAAAACUAAAUCUGAGUUUGUUAAUCAAGUGCUUGAAACUAUUGAGCUUGAUGGAAUUAGAGACUUGCUGGUAGGCUUGCCAGGAAUUAGUGGCUUGUCAACUGAGCAGCGUAAACGGCUGACUAUAGCUGUCGAGCUGGUUGCUAAUCCAUCUAUCAUAUUUAUGGAUGAGCCCACUACAGGUCUUGAUGCAAGAGCCGCGGCAAUUGUUAUGAGAGCAGUGAAGAAUGUUGUUGAAACCGGAAGAACAGUCGUUUGCACCAUCCACCAGCCAAGUAUUGAUAUUUUUGAGGCAUUUGACGAGUUGAUUCUACUGAAAACUGGAGGACGCAUGAUCUAUUCCGGGCCAUUGGGCCAGCACUCAAGCAAGGUCAUCCAAUAUUUUGAGAAUGUUUCUGGGGUAACCAAGAUUAGGGAUAACUAUAAUCCAGCAACAUGGAUGUUAGAUGUUACAUCUAAAUCUGCAGAAACUCAACUCGGACUAGAUUUUGGACAAAUUUAUCAAGAGUCAGCUCUGAAUAAGGAAAACACAGAAUUGGUUAAGCAACUGAGUAUACCAAAUCCUGGUUCAAAAGAAUUGCGAUUUUCUAGCCGUUUUCCACAAAAUGGUUGGGAGCAGUUCAAAGCUUGUUUAUGGAAACAUCACUUGUCGUAUUGGAGAAGUCCUUCGUAUAAUCUCACCCGCAUUGUUUUUAUGAUUACUGCAUCCCUCCUAUUCGGCGCACUCUUCUGGCAGCGCGGGGACAAAAUAGCCAACCAACAAGACCUUUUCAUUAUGCUUGGUUCAAUGUACACUGCAGUAAUCUUCUUCGGCAUAAACAAUUGCUCGUCGGUUUUGCCAUAUGUUGCUACAGAACGGGUGGUUUUAUAUCGGGAGAGGUUUGCAGGGAUGUAUUCUCCGUGGGCGUAUUCAUUUGCGCAGGUGCUAGUGGAGGUACCGUACUUGUUGGUGGUAGCUCUUAUUUAUGUUGCCAUCACAUAUCCUAUGGUUGGUUAUUCAAUGUCUGCCUACAAAAUAUUCUGGGCAUUCUACGCCAUGUUCUGUACAUUGCUAUGUUUCAACUACCUGGGUAUGCUUCUGGUAUCAUUAACACCAAAUAUUCAAGUGGCUUCCAUUUUAGCAUCAUCUGCGUACAUAAUGCAAAUUUUAUUCUCAGGCUUCAUCGUGCCAAAACCACGUAUCCCAAAGUGGUGGAUUUGGCUGUAUUAUAUUUGUCCCACGUCUUGGGUUCUAAAUGGUAUGCUCAACUCCCAAUUUGGAGAUGUUGACAAAGAAAUAACAGUGUUUGGUGAGACUAAAACUGUUGCUCAUUUUUUACAAGAUUACUAUGGCUUUCAUCACGACUUUCUGGGUGUUGUUGCUGCUCUACUUUUCAUCUUUCCUUUUGUCUUUGCUUCUCUUUUUGCAUAUUUUAUAGGAAAGUUGAACUUCCAGAGAAGGUAAAUUCUAUAUUCGUGUAUCGACACUAUUUUAUUUUUAUAAAAGGAUGUAAUUAAAACCUUAUUUUAUUUGAUUAUCCUAUUAGAGAUUUAAUGAAAUCAUUACCGAGAAUUGAACACCACAAAGCAAGAAAUGAACUUUACCAACACCGUAUCUCAAUUGUAGAUAAUGGAACCGACUAAAUAUUAAGAAAACAAUUUAUUUCUUCAAUAUCAAAAAAUAUAACAGAAUUUAACGUGUAUCUUGGCAGCUCUCCUGCCAAGUGCCAAUCCAUUGUUUUGUACAUGCCCUUAUCACCUCUGGCCAAGCAAGAGGCUUUCAAAAUGCACUUUUUUUUUUUUUUUUUUUUUUUUUCAAGAAAU